GUCUGCCGGAUGCCCGGGCUGGCAGACUCCGACUGCUUUUCAGAGCCGCUGUCUCCUUUCCAAGCACGUUAACUUACUGUGCUAUAAGACAGAUGAUUUUUCACCAUCUACCAUAAUGUGGAACAGAAAUUUUGUCUUCUGUCUCCUGCUUUUGCCAGCUUUUAUGAGUCAAACAGCAUAUGGACAAAGAAAGAAAACACCAAAGCCAAAUUUACUUGCAAGGAAAUAUGACCUCCAGGACUCCACUUGCUUCAUAGAUAUUGUCUUCAUCGUGGACAGCUCUGAAAGUUCUAAAAUUGUUCUCUUUGAUAAACAGAAAGAUUUUGUGGAUAGCUUGAGUGACAAGAUUUUCCAAAUGACUCCGGGUCAGUCCUUGAAAUAUGACAUCAAACUGGCAGCCCUUCAGUUUAGCAGCUCUGUCCAAAUUGAUCCACCUUUUUCUUCUUGGAAGGACCUUCAGACUUUUAAGCAGAGGGCCAAGUCUAUGACUUUAAUUGGCCAAGGUACCUUCUCUUAUUAUGCCAUUUCCAAUGCCACUAGACUACUUAAGAGAGAAGGGCGCAAAGGUGGUGUGAAAGUGGCUUUGCUGAUGACUGAUGGCAUCGACCAUCCAAAGAAUCCAGAUGUUCAAAGUAUUUCUGAAGAAGCCAGAAUUUCAGGAAUAUCAUUUAUCACGGUUGGACUUUCUGAGGUAGUCAAUGAAGCCAAACUUCGUUUGAUAUCUGGGGAUUCAUCCAGUGAACCUAUUCUACUGUUGAGUGACCCAGCCCUUGUAGAUAAAAUUCACGAUCACCUGGAUACCUUAUUUGAAAAGAAGUGUGAACGCAAGAUCUGUGAAUGUGAGAAGGGGGAUCCAGGUGACCCAGGGCCUCCUGGUACACAUGGAAACCCAGGUAUUAAAGGUGAGCGAGGACAAAAAGGAAACCCGGGUGAUGCUCAAAAAGGAGAAACUGGAGAAAGAGGUCCAGGGGGCAUUCCUGGGUAUAAGGGUGACAAGGGUGAACGCGGGGAAUGUGGUAAACCAGGAAUAAAAGGUGACAAAGGAUCCCCAGGGCCAUAUGGACCAAAGGGACCCAGAGGACUUCAGGGCAUUAGUGGACCUCCAGGGGAUCCAGGCCCUAAGGGAUUUCAAGGCAAUAAGGGUGAGCCAGGUCCUCCUGGUCCUUAUGGUCCUCCAGGAGCUCCUGGGAUUGGACAGCAAGGCAUUAAGGGAGAAAGAGGCCAAGAAGGAAGACUAGGUGCUCCAGGACCUAUUGGAGUUGGUGAGCCCGGACAGCCGGGUCCCCGUGGGCCCGAGGGAGCACCAGGAGAGAGGGGCUCACCCGGAGAAGGAUUUCCAGGACCAAAGGGUGAAAAAGGUUCUGAAGGACCAAUUGGCCCACAAGGAUUACAAGGCCUGUCAAUCAAAGGGGACAAGGGGGAUUUAGGACCUGUGGGGCCCCAGGGACCAAUGGGCAUGCCUGGAAUUGGGAGUCAAGGGGAACAGGGAAUCCAAGGUCCUGUUGGUCCACCUGGUCCACAAGGGCCCCCAGGACAAGGCUCACCUGGUUCCAAGGGAGAAGUAGGUCAAAUGGGACCUACCGGCCCUAGAGGACCAGUGGGAGUUGGAAUACAAGGUCCAAAGGGGGAGCCAGGCUCAAUAGGGCUCCCAGGACAACCAGGAGUACCAGGAGAAGAUGGAGCCGCAGGGAGGAAGGGAGAAGCGGGGCUUCCAGGAACAAGAGGGCCAGAAGGACCGCCUGGAAAAGGACAGCCUGGCUCCAAGGGCGAUGAAGGAAAGAAAGGAAGCAAAGGAAAUCAAGGGCAGAGGGGAUUUCCAGGGCCUGAAGGACCAAAGGGUGAGCCAGGCAUUAUGGGCCCGUUUGGAAUGCCUGGAGCAUCGAUUCCUGGACCAUCUGGGCCAAAGGGAGAUAGAGGAGGACCUGGGAUGCCUGGAUUUAAGGGAGAACCUGGACUUUCUAUUCGAGGACCAAAGGGUGCCCAAGGCCCUCGGGGACCAGUGGGCGCUCCAGGACUCAAAGGCGACGGCUAUCCCGGUGUGGCUGGGCCUCGAGGAUUACCAGGACCCCCGGGACCAAUGGGUUUACGUGGAGUGGGAGACACUGGAGCCAAGGGAGAGCCUGGGGUCAGAGGCCCUCCAGGCCCUUCUGGGCCUCGGGGCAUAGGAACCCAAGGGCCAAAGGGCGAUAUUGGGCAGAAAGGCUUGCCUGGCCCUCCUGGACCCCCUGGCUACGGAUCACAAGGAAUUAAAGGGGAACAAGGACCACGAGGUUUUCCAGGGCCAAAGGGCACCAUGGGCCUUGGCCUCUCAGGCCAGAAGGGAGAGCAUGGAGAACGGGGCGAUACAGGAAAGAAAGGUGAUAAAGGGGAAAUUGGAGAGCCUGGAGCUCCAGGAAUGCAGGGGUUACAAGGACCAAAAGGAGACCAAGGGCUUACAAAAGAAGAAAUUAUCAAGCUUAUUAUUGAAAUAUGUGGUUGCGGCCCCAAAUGCAAAGAGACUCCCCUAGAGCUGCUGUUUGUGAUUGACAGCUCAGAAAGUGUGGGGCCAGAGAACUUCCAGAUCAUCAAAAAUUUUGUGAAGACUCUGGCUGACCGGGUUGCUGUGGACCUUGCCACGGCCCGAAUAGGCAUAAUCAACUACAGCCAUAAGGUGGAGAUGGUGGCCAAUUUGAAGCAGUUCUCCAGCAAGGACGACUUCAAGCUGGCUGUGGACAACAUGCAGUAUCUGGGAGAAGGCACCUACACAGCCACCGCUCUCCAAGCAGCCAAUGACAUGUUCAAGGAUGCGAGGCCAGGCGUAAAGAAGGUGGCCUUGGUCAUCACUGAUGGGCAGACGGAUUCCCGAGAUAAAAGGAAGCUGACGGAAGUGGUGAAGAACGCCAAUGAUGCCAAUGUGGAGAUAUUUGUCAUUGGGGUGGUGAAGAAAAAUGACCCCAAUUUUGAAAUAUUCCGCAAAGAAAUGAUUCUAAUUGCUACUGACCCAGAGCAUGUUUAUCAAUUUGAUGACUUCUUUACCCUGCAAGACACCCUGAAGAAAAAAUUGUUUACAAAAAUUUGUGAGGAUUUUGAUUCCUAUCUCGUUCAAAUUUUUGGUUCAUCGUCACGUCAACCUGGACUUGGGAUAUCAGAGGAAGAACUUGGUGAACCUACUCCAGAGCCUCAAAAAGAAAUUUCUGAGUCCCCCAGUGUCCCUGGAGAGCAGGAUGAAGAGAAUGAGCCUCCAGAGCCUACCUGGACUGAUGGCCUGUCUGCCACUCUCCCGUCCGAGGCUGCCACCCCCCACGGGCCAGCGCUCAGCACCCCAGAGGGUAGAGCGGAGGGUGUGGAAUCCAGAACUCCAACUCCUGUUGCGAUUUCACAGCCAGAAAAUUUGGUGUACAAAGAUCCUAGAUGUUUGGAAGCCUUGAAGCCUGGAAACUGUGGUGAAUAUGUGGUUCGAUGGUAUUAUGACAAGCAGGUCAACUCUUGUGCCCGCUUUUGGUUCAGUGGCUGCAACGGCUCGGGAAAUAGAUUCAACAGUGAAAAGGAAUGUCAAGAAAUCUGCAUUCAAGGAUGAGCAAGUAAAUUAACUUAUCUCUUUCAAAAACCUAGAAAGAACCUCUAUAAUUUCAACAUACUCACCCAGUACAAAUAAAGCACCAUAUUUGAAUAUAUACUGAGCAUUUCCAGUUUAUAAAUGUAAUCUAGUUCUUAUCACAACCCUAGGGUGUGAGCAUUAUUAACCACUUAUACCGAUGAGGAAGCUGAGACUCUGGGAAGUUUAAUACCUUGUCAAAUCACUCAACAAAAAAGUGCCAGAACUGGGGAUUUGGACUCAGGGCUGUCCAAAACCUUAGGGCACAGGCUCUAUCUUUUCCCAUUCUAUGUAUUAUGACAGAUUAAACCCCCAUCCCCACAUACACCAUCAUUCCCCCAACUUCCUUCUGUCCCUGCCAGCAGCAAAAGGUAGGUGGUGGGGAAGAACUUUGCUUUGGAAAUUGUAAGCGAUGGGACUAUGUUCAUCCAUUAGUAGAUUAGAUUAGUUAUAUUUCUGCUUCACUUGUCCUGAAAGUGUUAAUAGGGAGAAACCAAUCCGAAUGAAGAUUAUUUGAUUCAAAUGUAUUACGACUGUCACUCCCCAUUUCUCCAACAUGUUUGGUAACAAAGCCUUUAUUGUAUGUUUAAACUAUGUAUAGUUUUAAAAGGAU